AUGGAUAACUUAGACGACACGGAGAAUCAUGCGAAGGUUUCGGACUCCGCUUACUCUAACAGUUGCAGUAAUAGUCAAUCUCGCAGGAGUCACAGCUCGAAAUCUACUCACUCCUGCAGUCAAUCAAGUGGUAGUAGUGGAUAUGGAGGUCAACCGUCGACUUCCAGUUAUAGUAAAAACACUACAAGUCAGCCCCUUGAGAAAAGAAGUAAGAAGAAAGAAGUGAAGAAAAAGAAGUCGUUGCAUAUAAAUUUUGAGGCUCCGACGUCGACAGAAUGCAGGUCUCUGGUUGAAGAGCCGAUUGCUGAGGCUGCAAACGAGGAAGUGUGCAUUGUUGUUCCGCCAAAGUCAUCACCGGCUCAAACGCGUAUAGAGAAUGGACCAGAGACUGUAGAACUGUCUACACUAGAGUGGCGUAGCCCCAAUGAUGAUGUCCGGCCAUGUAUCAGUGCGUUGCUUGCGUCCGAGAGUCAUCCAGUCUCCUGUCCUGCUGAUGGAUUCUUUUGCGAGAUUUCCAUGCGUGACGGUGUAGUCAUGUACACAACGCCAUCUCUCACCACAACUCUGGGAUACCCUAAAGACAUGUGGGUCGGCAGGUCCUUCAUAGAUUUUGUCCACCCUAGGGAUCGCAAAACGUUCGCCUCACAAAUCUCGAGUCGUUGGACAGUCCCGAAAAAUGAUAAUGAUACAGUAGUAAAAGCACCUUCACUAAACAACACAGUAUCUAUGAUGGUAUGCAGAAUCCGGUGCCAUAGGGGUUUGAACGGUGGAUUUGGCGUAAAAGACAAACAGGUAUCCUAUAUGCCGUGUAUGCUGAAACUGUCUUUCAAGGAUAUUGUUGACAAAGAUGAGAAAGCGGUGUCUUUGGUAAUACAUGGGACCCCUUUUUUUUCCGCUUUCAAAUCCCCCAACGAAGUGGUCGAGAAUGCAACGCCCUUUGUAAUUCGGCACGCGGCGAGCGGAAAUGUGCAGUAUUUAGACCCUGAAUCCAUGCCGUAUCUCGGGUAUUUGCCUCAGGACUUCACGGAUAAAGAUGCUCUACAGUUAUACCACCCUGAAGACUUGAUGUAUAUUAGACAGCAGUACGAGACUAUCGUUAAGGAAGGCGGUGUGUCGCUUUCUAAAGCAUACAGGCUCAUCGCUCAAAACGGCGAUUUUGUAAAAGUGGAAACAGUGUGGUCUUCUGUCGUAAACCCUUGGUCGCGGAAACUCGAGUCAGUAAUUGCUAAACACCAUACAAUUGAGGGUCCAUCAAAUCCCAAUGUAUUCCAGUCACCCGACCCCGAUAAAGGAUUGAAGUUGUCCGAAGACGAAAGAGCCAGAGUCCAAGCGCUGAAAGAUAGCAUUAUUAGACUACUCAGUGGAGUCCUUACAAAGCCAGCAGAAAUGGCUAAACAGCAUAUGAGUAAACGCUGCCAAGACCUCGUUUCGAUCAUGGAAAGUCUCAUGGAAGAUAAACCCAAGAUUGAAGAUCAAUUGCGCCUAGAUUUACAAGAUCCUGACAACAGCUAUUAUGAGUUAGAGUCGGUGAUGCUUGGGGAGAUUUCGCCGCACCACGAGUACAGUGAUAGCAAGUCUAGCACGGACACACCGCUCUGUUACAACCAGCUUAACUACAGUGAAAAUUUAAAGAGGUUUUUCGACUGCCAGGAUCUAUUCUCUCACGAUAACUAUCACAAAAGCACUGGUGAUAACAUUUUGGGUCACAAGGAAAAGAUUCCAAGAGGAAGAUGCCUGUCGCCAAUAGCGCAACUUUCAGGUGACUCUUACGAGUUGAGUUCGUGUAGCUCGUGUCCGGUGCGGGACAGCAGCCCCGACUCUUACAGUAACCACAAGCGAUUGCGUCUAACUGAGUCGCUACUCAUGAGGCACAAUGCCGAAAUGGAGAAGGAGCUGAUGAAAGUGCAUCGCGAGAUCCGUUCGACCAGUAAGGGAGAGCGCGAAAAGACGUCCAAUGACACCAGAAUGAAGAAGAAAGAGCAUUUAGCACGAUGCAAUGCUAAAUUUCAACCCACCUCUGCCACUGCGGAAACUGGUCGACUUAAGUCAAAUAAGGCAAAACGUUCGUCGAAACCGGCGGAAUCUGAUAAGAUGCAUAAGCACCAUUGCUCCUCCCGCCGCUGUCCGCGUACCACCGCGACCUCGCCAGUGCAACAUUCUUCCACUAUUACCACUACUGUUGUCAACAACACGCUGGGCACGUUUUGGAAUAUGGACCAUCGUUAUCCGGCACACUACCCUAUGCCAACCGUGAACAAUUUGAAUGCGUUCAUCUUGGGCAUUCCGCAGCAGAUGCCUAUCAUGGGACCCAUGACUAGUAUGCCAGGCAUGUUUCCCAUGUACUACACACCGGCCGCGCCCAUAAUGACCCCUGGCGCUGAAUUAAGCCAAAACGCCGGAAAUAGCUCCGCACAAUACCCUGCACCAGUAAUGAUGUACGGGUCACCGUUCAUGUAUGCGCCCGUCAACCCAGCCCAUGUCGCGUACCCGAUGCAGCAGAACGUGGUCGCUCACACUAUGCACUAUUCACACAGUACCCUUGGUUUGGGAAGAAGUAAUUAUGAAGAGGCAUGUAAGCAAAAUGUACUGCAGAAGACGAAGUCGCAUUCUGGCGCUGCAUGGCGGGAAAAGAUGCGAGCAGAGACUCGGAAACAGUCAAAGUACGGUCACAGAAGCGGUGAUAGCAGCUGCUCCGCUAUUACAUUCAAUCGGCAGAGAAAUAAUGCCAUUCCCGAAUCUUCACCUUCGCAUGGCCGGAAACGCAAAAGGCAACUGGGCAACAGCGAUGAGACGGAGGACCGAACGGAUGAGGAGUCCAGUUACUCCUCCUUUUAUUCAUCUUUCUUCAAGACAGAUACUGGUAGCGCUGAAGAUAGCGGCGAUGGAAGGAAGGAAAAUCCCAAGAAUAUGAACGACUACUAUUGUGUUCAACAAGAGAAAAAAGUAACCAGAAGAAAGACAGUACCUCCGUGGAUGGAACAGGUGCACGUGACGCCCGAUUUGAUCUACAAGUACCAGAUAUUAACGAAGGAAGUUGAUGAGGUGCUAAAGGCUGAUAGGUUGAAGAUGGCCGGCGUAGAUAUGCCGUCUUUGGUGAAUGAGCAACUGGGGCAGCUUUAUAUGGACAUGCAACUGGAGGGAGCUGGAGACCGGCUUCAUAUCGAAGGAGGCAGCACCGCCUCUAGUAGUUCCGAAGAUGAGAGUUCUUCAGUAAAUCCAAAAGGGAAGAAGGUCCGAAGGAAGCACAAUUACAGCAAGCUAGUGAUGAUUUAUGAGGAAGACGCACCGUUGCCGCCACCCGAUGUUGAGCCCAGUGCAACUGAGCAUUGUGGUAACUCGUAGGAUAGCAGUAACGGGAACCUGAAGUAACAGUUUUGCUGUGUUAAGUACAAUGCGUAUCGUAGAUUUUGGACACGUGUAUCACGAGUUAAACUUGAAACUGGUACAGUUACCCAUCGCGUAUUUUUAGUUCUUAUUUGAAUCAUGACAUUUUGAGUCCGAAUAAAUAAGACUGAAGUUUUCUGUGGGAAGUGAGAAAUUUUCGCGAUUUCGUAAGGUGAUUUACGAAAUACGCGACCCAUUUAAUUAUUAUAUAUUUCUCACAUUGUUACGAAAAUCUCUAUUGAAUUAUUCAAAUAAUUAUGA